AUGGAGAAACGAAUAUUCCGCUUAUUUUUAGUAGCAACUAGAAGCACAUUACCAUCUCCACCCCCACAUAACAUUGAACGGAUGCUCUUACCACACCAUCACGAUAAAUUAGUUGCAAGCAAUGAAGCAUUACUAAUCCCCAUAAAAUGUUUUACAGCAAAUUUUCUCUAUCAUGAAAAGAAUUCGAAAAAUUUCCCUGAACAUUCAUUCCAUUUAAGAUUGCAAUUUGCAUUAGAAAAACUCAUCCAAGGAAUUUUCCAACUGGGAUCUGAAAUGUUUUAUGGCUUAUUUCUCACUUAA